AUGCAAGCCAAAAGUCUAAUGAUUGAGACCAGGGACAGGCAGCGGUACAUGGUGCCAUUCGAUGUGAUAAAGAUAGCUGGGAGUUUGAAGCAUCUGGUGGAUGAAGAUGAUUGUGAUACAGACCCAUGUGCACUGCCCCAAAUAAGGAGUGAGGUCUUCAAGAAAGUGCUGGAAUGGUGUUUGUUGAGGGAAGGUACGAAUGAGCUCUAUAAAAUGCUGUGUUCGUUUUCAAUUUCACAAAAUUAUGUUGUACUUGAUAUAUGACACUAAAAUAAUUUGAUUACAGGUAUCCCUGAGCCCGAAUACGACCCAAAAACCCGGCCGAACCUCCGUUUAUAUCCCAAAGCCCUCUCAAAAUCGGAGGAAAACUUCUUCGAGAUGAGUCCAGAAGACUUGGCCGAGCUUUCCACUGCUGCUGAUUACCUUGGAAUUAGGUCUCUCCAGCUGUACAUACACUUCUUCUCACGGUUCUACUGA